GAGGAAUAAGUUCCAGCUACCAUUGGAAGUUUGAAAAUUUAACCUAAUUGAAUUUUGUUUCUCAGAACUACUGUUUUCAAGGUCAGAUUCAGCUAUCACAUAUUUUGUAACUUGCCUGAAAACUUCUGAUAGACAUUUCUUCUUAAGCCUCGUAGGAACGCGUUUUACUGAUGUUUUUCAGCAUGGGUUACCAGGAAAUCAUAUUUUCAGGGGGUACAGGGACCCAGAUUUAAUUCCCAGAUGGUUUGCGUGUGCCUUCUUUAAUCCUUCUAUUUUAUUUCAUUGUUAGAGAGCAGAGGGUAGUUGAAACAGCGUGGAUUUUGAGGUCAGAACUGGUUUUAAUUUAACACUGCACCUUAGGAGCUGGAUGAUCUUAACGCUUCUGAGUCAGUUUCUCCUUUGUAACUUGGGGGAAAUAGUAUAUCGUUACGGCAUUGUAAGAGAACUAAUUUAAAGCAUGAUGUCAUGUUAGCUACCAAUAAAGCAUCAGUUCCCUCUCCAGGGCCUGUCAAAAUCAGUAACUCCGUCAGUGUGAUUUUCACUCUUGCCUUCAGAGUCCUUGAUUGAGGUUUUCUGACCAAAGACUCACAGAUGGAAUAAAGUUCAUCUCAAUAUCCAUUUUAUUCAUGUAAUAUCUGCUGGCUAAAUAAUUAAAUAUAAAUAACAUAUUGCUCUUUUCAGGAUAGCAGUGGCCUCCGUGUUGCUGAAGCCAGUGUACAGUUGUCAGAACUCCUUGUCCCCUGUUCUUUUAUGUGAUGGGCAGUCAGGUGUGGCCACAAGAGGAGUCACAAGAGGGGCACAAGAAAACAAAGUCUAUUAUACUCACAGGAAGGGGUCACCAUGUGCCAGGCAGGGUCACAGGGGAAGGUUUUGGUGAGGAGGCAGAAAGCAGGAGUGAGCAAGAGGAAAGAUAAGACUAGAGCCUUUAUUGGGGUUUCCUAGGGAGAGGCUAGGGAGAGGCAAGGCAGGGCAGCGUUCACAGUUUGGGACUGGUUAGUGUGAAUAAUUUCGGCGGGCUCUAAGUUAGAGGGGCACCUAGUUGCCUGGCACCUGGCCUUGGGCUGAUUAAGGCAGAGGAGUCUUGCCUCCUGGGGUGCAAGGGUCAGAUAGGGAGGUCUGGCUCUGGAUUGGUUUGUCUGCAUAUCACAGGCUCCCAACUGAGCUCCUUGUUAUCUCUAAGAGUUGGCCAGCCUUAGAGGGGCUUUCUCUACCCAGCCAGAAAAGUGUUUUAAUUUUAAGAUGUCAAAACAUCAUAAUAUACAGAAAAUUAAAAAAUGUGUAUAUUGCAUCCUAUUACUUGACUUCAGCAGCAUUCACAGCGGUUGCUCAUUCCUUUUCCUUGAUCUCCUGCCUGCACUGGUUUUCUCUGCCUCACCGGGUGCUCUUUCUUCUUCUCUGCUGCUGGCUAUUCUUCUCUCUGGGUUUUUAUAUUGAAGUGCCCAGGGCUCCACCCAGCAUCAUCUAUUCUUUCUGAUAUCCUCUCACUCUCUUGGUGAUGUAACCCCAUCCCAUGGUCCUAAAUAUCCCCCUAUUUAUGUCUUUACUCCAGAUCUCUCUUCUGAACUUUAGUAUAACUAACUCUCUUUCCAACUCGCUAUUUGACAUCUGCACUCAGAAAGCUAAUAGACAUUUCAAAUUUAACGUAUUCACAAACUGAGCUUCUGAUCUCCUCCACCCCUGGUCAAAUUUGCUGAAUCCACAGCCUUCUCUAACUCAUUCAGUGGCAAUGAAUUAUUUAAGUUGGUCAAGGCAAAAUGCAUGGAGUCAUCUUUGACUUAGUUCUUUCCCCAUAUCCAGAUUCAUCUGGGAAUCCAGUCCUCCUGGCUGAGCCUUCAAAGUAUAUCCACAGUCUUACCACUUUUUACCACAUCCACUGUCACCUGACUGAUCUGGGCCACCAUUACCUCUCACCUGGAUCACAGCAGUGAUCUGAUCACUGGCCUCUGUGGUCCUACCCUUAACCCUCUCAUAGAGUAUUCUCAACAGAGCAGAAGGAAUAAUUCUUUGAGAAUGUAAGUCACGUUACAGCCCUCUCCUGUUUAAGGCUCCAGAAUAACUCUAUAUUUCACACAGAGUAAAAACCCAAAUCUCUACAAAGGAAUAGCACUUAGGAUUCUGGAAAUGUUUAAUCAAAAAGAAUGUAACAACUGGUCUGUUUUACAGAGAUGUGGGUGUUCAUGCUGAACUCAGGGACCAGCAACAGUGGGAAGUCCUGACCACCCUGGUCCUGCAGGGGCAAGACUUAUGCAGGCAAAGAUCUGGAGGAGCAGUUACGGGCGGUGUCCAGUGUAGAUGAACUCAUGACCGUGCUCUACCCAGAAUACUGGAAAAUGUACAAGUGUCAGUUAAGGAAAGGAGGCUGGCAACAUAAUAGAGAGCAGUCCAACGUCAAUACAAGGACAGAAGAGACUAUAAAAUUUGCUGCAGCACAUUAUAACGCAGAGAUCUUGAAAAGUAUUGAUAAUGAGUGGAGAAAGACUCAAUGCAUGCCACGUGAGGUGUGUAUAGAUGUGGGGAAGGAGUUUGGAGCAGCCACAAACACCUUCUUUAAACCUCCAUGUGUGUCCGUCUACAGAUGUGGGGGCUGCUGCAACAGUGAGGGGCAACAGUGCAUGAACACCAGCACAAGCUACCUCAGCAAGACGUUGUUUGAAAUUACAGUGCCUCUCUCUCAAGGCCCCAAACCAGUAACAGUCAGUUUUGCCAAUCACACUUCCUGCCGAUGCAUGUCUAAACUGGACGUUUACAGACAAGUUCAUUCAAUUAUUAGACGCUCCCUGCCAGCCGCCCAGCCACAGUGCCAGGCUGCAAACAAGACCUGCCCCACCAAUUACGUUUGGAACAAUCGCCACUGCAGAUGCCUGGCCCAGCAAGAUUUUAUUUUUUCCUCUAAUGCUGGAGAUGACUCUACAGAUGGAUUCCAUGACGUCUGCGGACCCAACAAAGAGCUGGAUGAAGAAACCUGUCAAUGUGUCUGCAAAGGGGGCCUUCGGCCUUCCAGCUGUGGCCCCCACAAAGAACUAGACAGAAACUCAUGCCAGUGUGUCUGUAAAAACAAACUUUUCCCCCACUCGUGUGGGGCCAACAGAGAAUUUGAUGAAAAUACAUGCCAAUGCAUAUGUAAAAGAACCUGCCCAAGAAAUCAACCCCUAAACCCUGGAAGAUGUGCCUGUGAAUGUACAGAAAAUGCACAGAAAUGCCUCUUAAAAGGAAAGAAGUUUCAACAUCAAACAUGCAGUUGUUACAGAAGACCAUGUACAAAUCGACUGAAGCAUUGUGAGCAGGGCCUUUCAUUCAGUGAAGAAGUCUGUCGCUGUGUCCCUUCAUACUGGAAAAGAACACAUAUGAACUAAGAUCGUACUAUGUUUCAGUUUGCCAAUUUUCUAUCAUGGAAAACUGUGUUGCCACGUUAGAACUGUCUUUAAACAGAGAGACCUUUGUGGGAUCAUGGUAACAAAGGCAAAGUCAGUGUUUCCUGAACCAUGUGGACAACUUUACAGAAACAGACUGGAGCUCAUCUACAAAAGACCUCUUUCAAAGACUGGUUUUCUGCCAGUGGCCAAACAGCCGAGGUUUUCGUCUUGUGAUUAAAAAAAAUAUAUGAUUAUAUAAUUUAUUUCCACUAAAAA